GUAAACCUCUUAAUCAGGAAAUAAUUAAUCGAUCUGAUUAAAAUUAUUGAAGCGAAAAUUUGCUGAAAUACGUUUCAAUCAAGUAUUCUCGGAAACGACGCCGCAGAAAUUAUACAAAAAUAAUGUCCUCUAAAACUUUUUUGGAAAUAUCGUUUUUUAUUACAUUACUGGUUCUAGCACAGCAAAACACCGAGGCAACCAAACGCGACUCCUCAAACCUUCUAUCCUUAUUAACUAACAGGCAGCAUCAGCAUAAACAACCGCUGAUCAUUGUCCUUGGUAGAGACACUGCAGUCAAGAACAGAGCUCGUGUGGACCAGGUCUCAUCAUCGGACACUAGUGAUGAGGAUGUGUAUCUAGUACAUCAUUUGUUGGGUUACGAUCAGAAUAAAGGAAUACAGCAUCAUGUAAAGAACAAAAAGAGUACGAAAAAACCACAUCAGCGAGAAGAGAAGAAGAGGCAGCGGUUCAGACUUCAAGGAAUCAGAGAAGAAGACAGAGAUAAAACCGUGCUACGAUCGCCCAUUGUGAAGAAACUGUUGAGAAUUUCCAACAGCUUACGGUGCGCGGCCAAAAACGAAUGCCAAGACAAAUGCACCAGCAAAAAGAAUGUUGUUUUUGAAUUAACCAAAUGCCAAUUUCAAUGUGAUGUUAAAUAUGACUGUGAUGAAGAAAAGGAGGAAAUAGAAGAAGAGAAAGAUGACUGUGAAGAUGACAAAUAUGGCUCCUGUAAUGGAUCUAAUGAACAGGGGGAAAUGAGUGGUAGUACUAAAGGUGUAAAAAUUGAAUUCGGUCAACUAAGAAGUUGAUUUACCUAUAUUAAAUAAAUUUUAUGAGUUA